AUCAAUAACAUAUUUAUCAAUUGGUUCUGCUCCAUCACUUACCAAUAUCCGAACAAAUCUUAUCCGAAUCAAGUCUUCCAAAAUGUCUUUGGAUUUGGACGAAUGCUAUCAGCACGUUCUGGGAUUCGUCCAACAAGCUGGCGUGAUUAUUGCUUCGAGAAACUAUGGCGAGAAGACGGUGGUGGAAAAAUCCAGCAGCAUCGAUUUGCUAACGGAAACGGACCAGCAGGUCGAACGACUUCUGAUGGAUGGAAUUACUGGGAUAUAUCCUAGUCAUAAGUUCAUUGGGGAAGAAGAAACCAGUGCGGGGAAGAAGGCAGAGCUGACCGACGAUCCUACCUGGAUCAUUGAUCCCGUGGAUGGAACCAUGAAUUUCGUUCAUAGUUUUCCCCAUUCGUGUGUAUCGAUUGCGUUAUUAGUCAAUAAGCAAGCUGAAAUUGCGAUCAUUUACAAUCCGAUGUUGAAUCAGUUGUUCACCGCUCGACGAGGAAAGGGUGCGUUCAUGAAUGACAAACCGAUUCAAGUUUCGGGAGAAACUCGUUUGGAUCAUGCGUUGGCAACGACCGAAUUUGGAACCAGUCGAGAUGAGGAGAAAACGGCCGUAGUGUUGGAAAACAUUGGCAAGCUUGUCAGAGUUGUUCAUGGAAUGCGAAGCUUGGGAGCUGCCGCGUUGAACAUGGCCAUGGUCGCACUGGGAGGAGCCGACUUCAACUACGAGUAUGGAAUUCACGCUUGGGACAUUGCUGCCGGAGAUUUGAUCGUGCGUGAGGCGGGAGGAGUUUGCCUGGAUCCGGCCGGUGGCCCGUUGGAUCUGAUGUCCCGAAGGGUGUUGUGUGCCAGUUCGCAGGCUUUGGCCGAUAAGGUGAUCCCAUUGCUGACGCAGUACUACCCACAGCCGAGGGACUAGGAGUCGUUACGAGGGGGAUAAUUGUGCAAUGUAGUAACCUAAUGUCGUCUCCAAACUUGACCAUUCUUAGUGUCUGUACUUACGUUCCAUGUUAUGUUACAAAAGUAACGAAUUGAACCACGAAUAUCCGUUCUAUAAUUUUAUUUUUCUAUUUUACAUAGAAAUUUGUAGCAAUGUGUUAAAUAGACAUUACCUUUUAUAACCAUACAAUAAGCGAUAAUGUUCGUCGAAGAAAAUUUCAUGUGU